AUGGCCAACAGCGAUGACUUGCGUCCGCAAGUGAUGGGUGUCAUGAUCACCUUCUGGGUCUUGUCUUGGGUGAUAGUCAGUCUCCGAAUCUACGUUCGCACUGUCAUGAUCAAGUCUUUUGGCAAGGACGAUGUCGCUAUGAUCGUCGCACUCCUUUUGUUCACAGCAUAUCUAUCAUGCCAGGCCGCAGCAGUAACACAUGGAAUUGGAAGACAUCGCAAAGAUAUUCCUGAUAAGGACCUACCAGUUGGCUUUGCUGCUUGGCUCUUCGCAGAGGUCUUCUAUACCGCAUCGGCAUCGGUCGCUCUUCUCCAGUGUUCUCCAAUUUCAUUCUACUGGGACUUCUCACCAAACGCCAAAGGACAUUGCAUCAGUCCCAUGGUUCUAGUGGUCAUUUCUUAUGUUGCCUCUGUGCUCAACGGCGCCGCCGAUUUCUUCUUUGGUAUUCUACCUAUUUUCAUCGUCAAAGAUCUUAAUAUGAGGAGAAACACCAAGAUUGUGGUUGCUGGCAUUCUUGGGUUUGCCGCUAUUGGAUCUCUCUCGACUCUGAUCCGUCUUCCCUAUGUCAAACAACUUGGAACUUAUAAAGGAGAAUUCCUCUACACUUCUACAUACAUUGCUCUUUGGAGUACCGUCGAGGUUGGAAUCGGUAUUUCAGCCGCUAGUCUGGCAACACUGCGCCCUUUGGUACAGAAGUUCUUCCCCAAUCUCCUUCCCGAUGCACCCAGCGCACCCCAAAACUCAAACAUCAAAUGGUCCACCAAACACGGCAGAAGAACACACAGAAAAGGCGAUCCUCUGGACAGUGCGGAGAAUGGUUCACGCAGAAACCAUACCAUGAUCACUACAGUGACAGGUGCAAGACCGAUGUCCGGAUCCCACGACAACGGAAGCCAGGAGAAUAUCUUUGCAGGAGCGGAGGACAGGGAUAUGCUACCGCUCAAGACUUGGGACCAUGGUAUCAGCAAGAGCGUGCAAGUCACAACGACGGAAGAAAGAAAUGCAGCGAGAUCGAGCGUCUCUCUUGAGAGCAACAAAGACUAUGCAUCAGACGACACGACAUAUGCUUACGAGCGCGUGUGA